CUCUUCCCAACCAACAUCUCAAGAGUGUGCUUCAAGCUCCUUGACAGGACCUGCCCAGUAAGAGCCCAAUUCCAAGCAAAUUUCUUUUUGUCAUUUCUAAGAAGCAGCAACGAAAGAGGGGGAGCUUACGUAUUAUAUUUAAGUUCCUCAAUUCAAGCUGUAAAAACCCUCCCUGAUCGUAAGCUCACUGCACAAUGACUCCCACCAAUGACUGCGAACAGCAAGUGAAUGAUCAAGAAUAUUUAACAGAAAUCGGAGCACACAUGCCAGCAAGAAAAAUUGAGAGAUAUAUCCCACAGUGGAAAUGGACACCUUCUAUGACUUAUGUGCUUUUGGCCAUUUCUUACCUGCUGAUCAUCAUAUUGUUUGGACUUGUGGCAUCCCAAGGAAAGAGCAAACUGCAGCAACCUCUAGAAAGGGUGUACCCAUGUGGAGCCAAAAGCAGAGAAUGGAGACAUUUUGAUGGCGCAUGUUACUACUUCUCCCUCCAACAAGUUAUCUGGCACACAGCAAAGAGUCAAUGUGAAGAACAGAAUUCAGAAUUGGUAGUCAUUACCAAUCAGUAUGAACAGAAUUUCCUCCAGGCUCAAGCCAGAAAUGAGCGCUACUGGAUUGGACUCAGUGAUCACAAUGAUGAAGGGCAAUGGAGAUGGGUUGAUGGCACAGACUACAGAACCAGCUUCAAGUAUUGGUCAGAAGGUGAACCCAAUGACCACAGCAAUAAUGAAGACUGUGCCGAAAUCUAUCAGGCUGGCAGAUGGAAUGAUGUAUCCUGUAAUAUAAAAAAAUUUUAUAUAUGCAAAAAAUCUUUACCUUCCUGAAAAAUCAUGGGCAGAAAAAAUUGAAGGAGAAGGAAAUCACGUACUUUGGAAUCCCAACUAUCCUGCUGGAAUGUAGCUAUUUAUUCACACACACACACACACACACACACAGAGCAUAUCAACUUUGUGUGUGUGUGUGUGUGUGUGUGUGUGUGUAUGAAUAUAUCAACUCAAUCAACUAGCAGAGCAUAACAUAGUAUAGCACAGUGGUGAAAUUUAGCAGAUUCUGACAGGUUCUAGAGAACUGGUAGAGGAAAUUUUGAGUAGUUCAUAGAAC